AUGCCACUAACGUCCGCAAAAAAGCGUAUUCGGGACGAUGAAGAAUAUUCGCACUCUGUUGGUCCUUCUAAGCCUAAUAAAAAAACUCGUAAAUCGCCAUCGUCAAAGAGAUCUACUCCGGUAAACAUUUCAGAAGACGAGGAUGAUAUACGGAAUAUUACAAAAGAAGGAUUAAUUCCAAAAAGUGCGGUUUUUGACAUCGAUUCCCUUGCCAUUGCCUCAUCGAUGGCUAAUGUCACUCGGGAUUCUGUCUCCAAAUAUUUUGGCGAUGACGAUUUUUCACAUAUAAAAUUGAAAAAAGAUCAUGUUAAUAGACCAUUAUGGAUAAAUCCAAAGACUGGUCAUAUUAUUCUUGAAGGAUUUUCACCUUUUGCAGAAAAGGCUCAAGAUUUCUUAAUUGCAAUUAGCGAGCCUGUGAGCAGACCUUCUCACAUUCAUGAAUAUAAGUUGACACCCUAUUCGUUAUAUGCUGCGGUUUCUGUUGGGUUAGAGACAGAAGCUAUAAUAGAAGUCUUAAAGAUCUUGUCAUGUACAUUAUCUUAUGGCAAAGUAAAGCUCGUACUCAAACACAAUCGAUACUUUGUCGAAUCAUCGCAUCCUGAUGUAUUACAAAUACUAUUACAAGAUAAAGAUAUUGCAGAAGCUCGUGUUGUGAAUGCUGAAGGGUUCGAUAAUGACAAGUUUCUAAAGAAUAAGGCACCAACAAGCAAAGAUUUGGUUGUGAAAAAACGUUGCAUUGGUCUUGAUUACCCUAUGUUGGAGGAAUAUGAUUUCCGCAACGAUUCAACACUUGCACAACUUGAUAUCGACCUCAAACCAAUAACGGUAAUUCGCCCAUAUCAAGAAAAAUGUUUAAACAAGAUGUUUGGCAAUGGACGUGCAAGAUCUGGAAUUAUAGUGUUGCCUUGUGGUGCGGGUAAAACACUUGUGGGAAUAACAGCUGCUUGCACUAUCAAGAAAAGUUGUCUUGUACUGUGUACUUCUGCUGUUUCUGUAAUGCAAUGGAAGCAACAAUUCAUGACAUGGUCAACCAUUAAAGAAAGUCAAAUUGCUGUUUUUACUUCUGAUCAGAAGGAAAAGUUCUCUGGUCAAUCUGGUAUAGUAAUAUCCACAUACAGUAUGGUCGCUAAUACUAGAACCAGAUCUUAUGAAGCUUCAAAGAUGAUGGAUUUCAUAACAGGAAGGGAGUGGGGAUUUGUAUUAUUAGAUGAGGUGCACGUUGUACCUGCUAAUAUGUUUAGAAGAGUGGUUACAACAAUUGCAGCUCAUACGAAACUUGGUCUCACAGCGACUUUGGUUCGUGAAGAUGACAAGAUUGGUGAUUUAAACUUUUUGAUUGGACCAAAAUUAUAUGAAGCCAAUUGGAUGGAUUUAGCUUCAAAAGGACAUAUCGCCAAUGUUCAGUGUGCUGAAGUUUGGUGUCCAAUGUCUCCAGAGUUUUAUGCAGAAUAUCUAAGGGCUACAUCAAGAAAACGAAUGUUAUUGUACGCCAUGAAUCCAAAUAAAUUUCAUGCGUGUCAAUAUUUGAUUCGUUUUCAUGAAGACCGUGGAGAUAAGAUUAUUGUUUUUUCGGAUAAUGUAUACGCUCUGGAGAAAUACGCAAAACAAUUGAAAGUUCCUUUUAUUCAUGGUAAAACAAAGCCGCCGGAACGUUUGGCUAUUCUUCAAAUGUUUCAACAUAACCCCAAGGUGAACACGAUAUUUUUAUCAAAGGUUGGUGAUACAUCCAUUGAUUUACCGGAGGCCACAUGUCUUAUACAAAUAUCUUCUCAUUAUGGUUCUAGACGUCAAGAGGCGCAACGUUUAGGUCGAAUUCUUCGUGCUAAACGUCGUAAUGAUGAAGGAUUUAAUGCCUUCUUUUAUUCUCUUGUAUCAACAGAUACACAAGAAAUGUUCUACUCAACGAAGAGACAACAAUUUUUAAUUGAUCAAGGAUAUGCAUUUAAAGUAAUUACAAAACUUGAAGGGAUGGAUACAGCAAAAGAUUUAGUUUAUAGAGAUCAUCAAGAUCAAUUGUCAUUAUUGACGGAAGUUUUAUUAGCGAAUGAUCAUGAUGCAGAUUUAGAUAAUGAUAUAGAGAUAAAUGUUGAUGAUUUACCUGGUACUGUCACAAGCAGAAAUUUCAUAUCACAGCAAAAAGGAUUUGGAGUUAAAAGAAAUGUUAGUAGUAUGAAAAGUUUAUCAGGAGCUAAUAAUAUGGCGUACAUGGAAUUUUCUGGUAGAUCUCAUUCAAAAGCAAUGUUACCAAAGAAAGAUAAAAAAACUCAAGCGAAAGAUCAUCAUCCUUUAUUCAAGAAACAAUGGUUAAGAUGA